CAGAACACGGCUCUUUACUCUGCCUUCACAUCGUGCUUUCAUUGCUGCAAAAUGUGUCUCAGGACUCUUGGAUUUGUCCUCGUUUUGUUUCCUGGAUUGCUUCAAGCACAGGGUUGUGAUCCUCCCAGACUGGUUCAUGGUAACUUUCUCCCCAGACAAGAGGCUUACUCUGACAGAACCACGAUCACUUAUUCCUGUGAUAACGGAUAUAAACCUGUAGUGGAGGGUUGGUGGGCAACCAGUACCUGUGAACGUGGGAAAUGGUCUCAUGAACCGCAAUGUAUAGAUGAAAGCGCCUGUUUUGGACCAACUAUUCCCAAUGGAAAGUACCCUAAAAACUCAAACGGCUGGUAUGAGGAUGGAAGUACACUAACGAUAACAUGCGAUGGAGGAUUUGAGCACCAAAACCAGAUCAACACCACUACCUGUGGAAAUGGAAAAUGGUCCUCUGCACCAGUCUGUGAGAGAAGUAUGAGUGCAUGCAGUGCACCUCCUAAAAUCCCCCAUGCAGUCAUCAUUCAUGGAUACCAGGAAGUGUUUGCAGCAGGUUCAGAAGUGCAGUAUGAGUGUGAAGAUGGAUACACUGCACACACCGAGAAAUCUGUUUGUAUACAGGGAAACUGGACACCAGUGCCAACAUGCACAUCUUCUAGCACCUCUGAUUCAAAUAACAGAGACAACAGUCUUAUACCAAUAAACAUUCAGUCGUGUGGAGCCCGCCCAUACAUUGAAAAUGCUGUAAUUGUGGAAGAAGGUCCAAUGCAUUUGAAAUACCAGUGCAAUCGUUAUUACAAACUAGCUGGUCCAGAGGCUGUGAGUUGUUACAGUGACGCUCACUGGUCCAAACUGCCCACCUGUGAAGAAGCGUUCUGUGUGGUGGAUCCUGCUAGAUAUGCUCGUUAUGGUCUUGUAAAAACUUCACCUGAAUACAUGCGGGAAGGAGAGACGAAGCCUUUCCCUUGUACAACAAAAGACUAUUAUAUCAAUGUUCGGUGCACUAAUAGAAGAAUAUUUCUGAGCACAUGUUGUCCAACAGCUGACAUUUUUUAUGAAGUGUGCAGAGUAUUCAGAGAACCCAACUGACAACACGACCUUUCUGAAACACUUCAACCAGAAUCUGCAGAGCAACAACGAAACAUGUUUCUUUUCUUUGUACAGUUUUAGUGCUGAUUGCUCUUUAAACACCAAACUGUCCAUAAAUGUUUUGAACUUUGAAUGCACUCAAUACAUGAUGUGCACACUGAAUCCCUAAAUUGUUGACAGCUGGCUGAGGUUUGAAUUCAAUGUUUCAUCAUCAGAGACGUCUUUGUUUUGCUUUGUCUGCUAAAAGAGUGGAGCUGGGGGGUUUGUACAUACCUAGAACAUCUACAAAUGACUGUUUAAAUAUUGAAACUAGUCUUUUAGGCAGUUUUCGAGUAGAGGUUUGGAUUGUGAGUUCUACACAAUGAACACUUUCAUAGAUGCUGCAAUGUCAAAUUCUUCAUGUGUGUACAUGCACAGACCACAUGUGCAUGUACAUGUACCACAAUUUGUUAUUCUAAUUUUAAAAAUGUAAUACAUAUAAAUUCAAUACAGUUUUUAAUAGACACCGUUCAGAACACAGCCUGUGCCUGAUUCUCAUACUUGUAUUCGUUUAGUCAUAAUGUGGAAAAUUUUCAGGAAAAAAGCAGAUGAGCAAAUCUGUAGCUGCCACCUGUCCUCUAGGCUUCACCUCCGCAAAACCUGUGUCUCUGAACUGGAUCUCAACAGUAUUUGUGGUCUCAUAAGCUCUCCUGUGAAUUUUAGUUUGCAUACUAGUUUGCAUGCUUGGAAUUAUUAUUAUUACAGGCUUUUCCACAAUAGAUAUAAAAGUAAAAGUUAGUAAACCUCUAUUAAAGUCUGUUGUUUCUUAGAUUCAGCAAUGAAACUGAAUUUAAAACAAAACAUAGAUGACAUUCUGUCACCUCGGCAAACACCAUGAUCUCACUGCCUAAAGUCAUUCAGUAACUCUUAUUGGAGAGUGUUCAUUAACAUCUUUCACUAAAUAUCAAAGUUUUCUACCUGCCCUAGUUUAAAUUAUAAAAGAAAUUAUUAUGCAUGAGAAUCUCUAGAAUGUUGAAUACUUUUCCAUUAAACAGUCAUCUUCUACUUUAGUUAGGGUUUUUAACAACCAUUUAUUAAACUUAUAUUUUGCUUUUGCUUUAUUUUUUACUGCAAUUUCUGUACAGUAGCUUUUAUAGUGUUAAAUCAGUAUAUGCUACAAAAUAA